CAGUCCAACUGUAGCCAACUUCCAGUCUCCAGUUCUGUAAAGCUUUAACUUGUUGAUACCGAUUUGAACUGAGUCUGAUAUCUUGCAGGAAGUGGUUAGAACUGCCUUCCUGUCAUGGCGAAUUAUUAUUUCUCUACCUUUUGAGCAGAGGCAACAUCACACCACAUAUGUGUGAAGGCAGUAAAACUGGGUUUUAUCAUUUCAUAUCAUAGACAAUCUGAUUUACAGUUAGCAUUUCAAAAACCGUUUAGCCUCUUAUAUUGGCGGUUAGCAAAGCUAGCACUACUAAAUCAGCCGUCUCUGGUAGUAAUUCUCAGAGAACUUCAAAACUUGCAUUAACCCUAAGAUUUCCUAAAGGCUAACGCCAACAUUUCCAAAGGUGUACAUGUUUAAAUCUCUGAAUGUUAAACUAGGUCAGCCUUAUUAUGGUGCAGUCACUUCCACUCAGUUAAUUUAUGUCCCGCCUGCUGUCAUCCCAGGAGUCUUUGAGGCAGACGGAUCUAAUUCCCGUCUCUAAUCAGUCCAGUCAUACAUUACUUUGUCUAGACUCCAUCAUCCUUCUUAUCCAAGUGUUUCCCACAGUCUCUUGUUUAAACAUGGAGUCGGAUGUUCUUGUGUUUUCAUCCGCAGCCCAACAGCUCUGUCACGGCCCUGUACCAUAAGGGCCCUCCGGCAGCCAGCAGGACCAACCCAGCUCCAGAUGAAGGGACCCUGGUUUCCCCCGGAGGCUGGUUCAUCGAUAAGGGCCGAGGCCCCGCCACCAAGCCUGUCUUCAUCGACCUCAGUAAAGACGAGUCGGUCGAUACGGAAUCCAACAGAGGCGCGUCCCACCUGGAGCCGGAGACGAGUCAGAAGAAGUCAAAGAAAAGGGCAAAGAGCUCGGCCGAGUAUCGCAGCGCGGACAAGAAAGCCAAGUCCAAGUCUCCAGAGCUGCAGUUCCCCUCUCUGAGGUUUGAGGAUGUGGGCGGGAAUGAGGAGAUCCUGACGGAGGUGUGCAAGCUGCUGGUCCAUAUGCGCCACCCUGAGGUGUACCAGCAUCUGGGGAUGGUUCCUCCCAGGGGCUUCCUCCUGCACGGGCCCCCCGGCUGUGGAAAGACCCUGCUGGCCCAGGCUGUGGCUGGAGAGCUGCAGAUCCCCAUGCUGAAGGUGUCCGCUCCAGAGCUGGUGUCCGGCGUCUCCGGAGAGUCGGAGCAGAAGCUGAGGGAGCUGUUCGACAUGGCCGCGACCUCCAGUCCAUGCAUCAUGUUCAUAGAUGAGAUAGACGCCAUCACGCCUAAAAGAGAGGUGGCUUCUAAAGACAUGGAGCGGAGGAUCGUAGCCCAACUGCUGACCUGCAUGGACGACCUCAACAGCCUGACAGUGACGGCUCAGGUUCUGGUGAUCGGCGCCACCAACAGACCCGACUCAUUGGACCCGGCCCUGCGGAGAGCCGGACGCUUCGACAGAGAGAUCUGCCUGGGGAUCCCCGACGAGGCCGCUCGGCUCGGGAUCCUCAAGACGCUGUGCAGGAAGCUGACGCUGCCGGACGGCUUCGACUACCAGCAGCUGGCUCGGCUGACGCCGGGCUACGUGGGCGCCGACCUCAUGGCUCUGUGCCGGGAGGCCGCCAUGGCCGCGGUGAACCGGGUUCUGCUGGAAACCAGGCCGGCGCCUCCCGGUCCGCCACAGAACUCUGCUGCAGAACCGUCAGGAAGCACGGAGCCUGAGGCUGGAGGGGAAGAGCAGCAGGUAGAGCCGGGGGAACUGGGUCGGCUCCUGGACCUGCUGAGGGCCACGGAGACGCUGACGGAGCAGCAGCUGGCCGGCCUGUCCAUCCUCAUGUCCGACUUCCGGGACGCGCUGGUCCGGGUCCAGCCCUCGGCCAAGAGGGAGGGCUUCGCCACGGUGCCGGACGUCACCUGGGAGAACGUUGGAGCGCUGCAGAACAUCAGGGAGGAGCUGACCAUGGCCAUACUGGCUCCAGUCCGCUCCCCAGAGCAGUUCAGGGCUCUGGGCCUCAGCGCUCCGUCUGGGGUCCUGCUGGCUGGACCCCCAGGCUGUGGGAAGACCCUGCUGGCCAAGGCUGUGGCCAACGAGUCAGGCCUCAACUUCAUCUCAGUGAAAGGUCCAGAGCUGCUCAACAUGUACGUGGGGGAGAGCGAGCGGGCCGUGCGACAGGUCUUCCAGAGAGGACGCAACUCGGCUCCUUGCGUCAUCUUCUUCGAUGAGAUCGACGCUCUGUGUCCUCGCCGGUCGGGCCACGAGUCAGGAGCCAGUGUGCGGGUCGUUAAUCAGCUGCUGACGGAGAUGGAUGGCCUGGAGACACGGAGACAGGUCUUCAUCAUGGCUGCCACCAACAGGCCGGAUAUCAUCGACCCGGCCGUCCUGAGGCCAGGGCGUCUAGAUAAAACCUUAUAUGUUGGGCUCCCGUGUGCGGCAGAUCGUCACGCCAUCCUGCUCACCGUCACUAAGGGUGGCACCAGGCCUCAGCUGGAGCCGGACGUCCGUCUGGAGGAGGUUGCCUUUGACGAACGCUGCAACUCCUUUUCUGGAGCUGACCUGACGGCGUUGGUGAGGGAAGCAUCUGUAAAUGCCUUGAAGGCCUACAUGAAGUCUCAGCACCAUGCUCACACGCAUCCUGCCGGCUGCGCAGCUGCCCUCAGGGUCAGCAGACAGAACUUUGAGGACGCCUUCAAGACCGUCCGACCGUCUGUGUCCAGAAAGGACCAGCUGAUGUAUGAGCAGCUCCGAGAGUCCCUCAGCAGAUGACCAACGAACCGCAGGCAGAUGUCACAAUUAUGUAUUUCCAUAUCUUUGUGGAAGUAUUAUUACACACAUCCUUUUUUUGUUGUUUUUUAAUAAAAUGUGUGACAAACUUC